GGGACGGGGGAGCAGCCACGCGCCCGCGACGAGCUGCACACUAAUAUGGGAUUUCACGGCGUGGACGUGGGAGGCGAAGUGAACUUACAACAAACACUUCUCUGACCUCCUGAGUUUGACUCUCAUCAGGGAAGGCAGACCGGCUCGUGGAGAUUUUCACCUUAUUUCUCUAAACGGACCGGAGUGAAAAGAUGCCAAUCAUGGAGAGAGAGACGGCCGGAGAGAGCGAAGUGCUCCCAAAGGUGCCCGUGCCCCUGCUGAAACAAACCCUCGACAUGUACCUGAGAUGCAUCCAGCAUUUAGUGACGGAGGAGCAGUUUAAGAAGACGAAGGCCAUUGUGGAGAAGUUCGGGGCUCCUGGAGGGGUCGGAGAGAUUCUGCAGAAGAAGCUUCUGGAGAGGAGGGACAAGAAGAACAACUGGGUGUACGAGUACUGGCUGGAGGACAUGUAUCUCAACAACAGGUUGGCUCUGCCUGUCAACUCCAGUCCCGUUAUGGUGUUUCCAAAGCAGACGUUCAGAGAUGGUAAAGAUGCUCUCAGGUUUGCAGCUCGUAUCAUCAGAGGAGUGUUGGACUAUAAGGCUCUCAUUGAUAAGCGGGCUCUUCCAGUGGAUUUUGCCCGAGGCCAGCUCGCCGGGACCCCUCUGUGCAUGGAUUUCAUUAAUUAUGAAUCACAUAAAUUGCAAUUUUCCUCAUCAGUGCCAGAGCACAUCAUAGUGGCAUGCAAGAAUCAGUUUUUCGUGUUGGAUGUCGCCGCAAAUGGCAAGCAGCUCAAUGAGACAGAAACCUUUUCACAACUGGAGAAAAUUAUGAAAAUGUCUGAAAAUGCUGAAGAGAGACUUCCUCCUUUUGGUAUCCUAACAUCAGAUGGGAGAACAGAAUGGGCUCAAGCCAGAGAUGUUCUUACAAAAGAUCAAACUAACAGGGAUUCUCUGGCCCUGAUCGAGAGCUGUAUUUGCUUGGUGUGUCUGGAUGAACCAAGUGGUCUAGAGCCUCGGGAUACCACCAGGGCUCUGCUGAUGCUGCACGGUGGUGGCCGUGAGAAGAAUGGGGGAAACCGCUGGUAUGACAAGUCGAUGCAGUUUGUUGUAGGAAUGGAUGGGAUAUGUGGAGUCGUGUGCGAGCAUUCUCCAUUUGAGGGGAUAGUCCUGGUUCAGUGCUCUGAAUAUGUGAUGAAAUACGUAUCAGGGAGUCCCUCCAAGAUGGCGACUGGAGCCAGCGUUAGAGAGCUUCCCCCCCCAAAAAGGCUGAUCUGGAAAUGUAACGCACACAUCCAUGGACUGUUAACAGCAUCUGGAGACAGACUUCAAAGGCUGGUGGAUAAUCUUGACAUGGAUGUUUUCAAGUUCAACAAAUAUGGGAAAGAAUUCAUUAAAAAACAGAAGAUGAGUCCAGAUGCCUUCAUACAAGUCGCCUUACAACUUGCAUUUUUCAAAUGCCAUGGAAGGCUCGUGCCGACCUAUGAGAGCGCGUCCAUCCGGCGUUUCCAAGAGGGCCGGGUUGAUAACAUUCGCUCUGCCACCCCUGAGGCCCUGGCCUUUGUUAAGUCCAUGACAGAUGAGAGGGUCACUUACACCGAUUCAGAAAAAAUGAAGCAACUGAGGGAUGCAAUUAAUGCCCAGACAAGUUAUACAAUUGCAGCUAUUACAGGAAUGGCAAUAGACAAUCAUCUCCUUGGUCUCCUGAGGAUCUCAAAGGAGCUCAACAUGGAGAAACCGGAGAUCUUCUGUGAUGAGACAUAUGUGGCCAGUAACCAGUUCAUCCUCUCUACCAGUCAGGUCCCCACCACUGUAGAAAUGUUCUGCUGCUAUGGCCCGGUGGUACCCAACGGCUAUGGUGCCUGUUACAAUCCGCAGUCAGACCACAUCCUGUUCUGUGUGUCCAGUUUCUGGGAGAACACGGGGACAAGCUCGGCCGUUUUCGUCAGAGCCCUGAACGAGGGCCUACUGGAAAUCAGGGAUCUGUGCAAUAGAAUCAGUGCUGCAGCUAGUAAACCAGCUGAUGGCAGCACGGGAGCUAGCCAGCCCCAAAAAUCAGGGAAGUGAGACAUACUGUGAGAACACGCCCACUUCUCACUCACUCGUAGGUUUAGACUUUAGCUUUAGACUCAGAUGCCUUUGUGUGUCUUUCUUGUCCGUGCAAUAGUGUUAAUUUAAAAUGUGAAGCCUUAAAGUUCAUAUGUAAAUAUGAUAAAUGUGAAUUAAUAAUGGAAAACUAUUAAUUUUUUUAUGUGUGCAGACAUCAGAAUGAUUUGGGGUC